UGUUUCCGGAGACGUGUCCUCAUGUCACUUUCUCCUGGCAGCCGGGAGCUGGUUGGUGCUGAAUGAUGGGUUCCGCGCUGAAUGUGGGCUCCCUGCCCGCGUUUGACUUCUUUUACUGGCUCGGGGUGGGCGCCGUGACCUGGUUUUCACUGAAAGUAGUGUGCCAGUUGCUGAGCGGAGCUCGGACAUUUGUGUUUGGAACGGGCGUCAAGGUGGAGAACUUCGGUCGCUGGGCAGUUGUUACAGGAGCAACUGAUGGAAUUGGAAAGGCUUACGCAAGGGAGCUUGCCAAGCGUGGUAUGAGCAUUGUCCUGAUCAGCAGAAAUGAAGAAAAAUUGGAUGAAGUGGCGAAAGAAAUAAAUGAGCAGUUCGGUGUUGAAACAAAAACAGUUGCUGUGGAUUUUGGAGGAGGAAAUAAGAUCUACGAGAUUAUUAAGCCUGUUCUUGCUGGACUGGAAAUAGGUGUCCUCGUGAACAAUGUGGGAAUUUCUUACAACUACCCGGAAUAUUUUCUGGAUGUGCCUGAUCUGGACAAUUUCAUCAGCAAAAUGAUCAACAUCAAUAUUCUGUCCGUCAGUAAGAUGACUGCGAUGGUGUUGCCUGCCAUGGUACAGCGGUCAAAGGGCAUCAUCCUGAAUGUGUCCUCUGGUAGUGCAUUAUUCCCAGUACCUUUACUGACGCUCUACUCUGCGACCAAAGCAUUUGUAAAUUUUUUUUCACAAGGACUCCAUGCUGAAUACAGGAAAAAUGGGAUCAUUGUCCAGAGCAUACUUCCAUUCUAUGUGUCAACAAAAUUGAGUAAGAUACGUAAAUCAAGUGUGACUGUACCAAAUCCAGAAACUUAUGUGAAAGCUGCCUUAAAUACAGUUGGCCUUCAAGUGCAGACAACUGGUUAUUUACCACAUGCAAUAAAGGCUUGGAUUAUUACAUCCGUGCUUCCAAUUUUUCUAUCCAUGAAGAUGAGCUUGAAGAUCAACAAGAGUAUCCGUGCUCGUUCACUUAAGAAGCUGAAAGAAAAAGGGGAAUGAUCAGAAUUUCCAAGUUGAUCAAGAAUUCCAAGGAAAUUGUGAUCUUUUUUAAUGUGAAGCAUGACAAAAAAAAAUAUUGGCUUAAAGUACAACUUGGUGAAACAGCUCUAAGGACUAAAUUGGGAGAUUUUAAAAAACUUAUACUUUUCAAAAAAUUUUCUUAUGCCUUUGCAUUUUCUUUGCAUUUAGUUUUGUAAAGACCCAGCAGAAAAGUCUGCUGUUCAAUAAAAUUACACAGGUAAACUAAGUGUUAUCCACAAAAUUUAAUUCUGCUGGCAUUGUGUAGAGGAAAUAAUUUUCACCAAAUUGCACGGCUGUUGCCAAAAACAGCACCUAUUUAAAAGAAAAAAAACUUUUGACCAGUACAAUCCUGGUACCAGUACCAUCUGCAUCAAUGACAGAGGCAUAGAAAGAUAUAAUAAUGAUGUCUGAAGAAAAUGCUCUGAUGCAUCUCUCUGAUUUAGUGUAGAAAAUUAUUCAAUAUAAACAUUAUCUCUGAAAUUAAGAGAUUUUGGAUAAAUGGUUUUAGGAAACUAAGCAUGAUUUAUCCAGAUAAAUUUGUUCAUUUGCAAUGCAAUUGUUACUUUCCGAAGUGUACACAUUUUAAUAACUCAAAAGUACUUAAAUUUUGUAUAAUGUUGGGACCAUUCUUGUGCACUCGUGGUAUACACUGGAAACAUAAUUCACAUAAUUCUUUUCCAUUUAUUUUAAAGUGUGUAUAAAACAGGUAUCAUAGUCACAUCUGGUAUGUCCUGAUUAUUAUCAGAAUUAUUAUUAGCAGAAUUAUUAUCCUGUUAUCGCACAAAACAUUUAAAUUUUUCCUUAAUUGACGCAUGUGUCUGUUUACAUAGUGAAACCAUAAAAAUAUCUUAAGUAAUUUAAAGAUAAAUACCAUUGACACUUAAAGAACUUCCCUAGCAUAAAUGUUUUCAAAUAAGACCUUAAAUUAUAGUUGGAUAACAAUAUUAGGUGAUAAUGAGCUUGUGAUAAAUUUGUGUUUUGCCAGAUUUUGCAACUAAUAGAGGUUGGUGUCCUAAGCGUGUGCAGAUUUUCUCCUGUUUGUGGUUGAAUAUUGCCAUUGAUCAAAAUGUAGAUUGAAAAGGAUUUGAAAAAUAUUUAUUUUACUUGGUUGCAGUUGACUUUCCUGGCAGUAACUUUUCACUGAUCACAUCUGGCUGCAUUUCUGAUACUUGCAGAAUCAAAGUUAAUGCUAUUAGUUACAUAGAAAAUUAUACAAGAAUUUUUCAUGCUCAAUCUGAACGAUGAUUUCAGAUUACUUUUCUCAAUGAAUGCUAUUGAAUAGUUCUUGGAUUUGGUGCAAAAAAGCUUUUGAAUUAGGUGACACUCCAGUUCUUGAUUUAUGUCAUUUGGCUGUCCUAUAAAUAUU